GACUCUUAUUGACACGCGCACCCGUUGGCUGGCUAAUAAAACAGGUUGCAGACGUGAAACCAACAGACGACAGUAUCACGACAUAGGGUGAACAGGGACUCUUAGCCACUUUGCUUCAUUUUUCAGUGUGUAAGUUCUUAUUGAUAAGUGUUGACUUCUUGAACUAUCAAACAUUAUUAACCUGGGCUUCAUACCACGAGGAUGUGUUGACAGGGAUUUCAUGUUUUAAAGUGUAUACCUCACCAGCCGACAGCUAACAGGACUACAAGCCUAACCUAAUCCGUGCACUACUCAAUACCAAAAUUGUCGUGAUCUACACAUAAGUAAGAAAGUUUAAAGAAAUAACAAUGAAUUCGCAGAUGUUGAGUUGUUUAACAGUUUUUUUGGUCGUGUUUGUGGUAAACACAGAAUGCCAGUAUCUAAAAUUUAAACCAUACAAAAGUUUACUAACGGCGCCGGAUCCUGAUGAUAAAGUUUGGACAUUUGCUGUCAGUGGUAGAAUCAAAAUUUAUAGCUACUUAGAUAAACAAGGAAAGUUAUCAGGGUGGACAGUAGAUUUUGUCAAUGAAGUUUGUAGACUAGCCCGUAAGAAAUGUAGUAUGGUUCUAGCUGAAUUUACAGAAUGUACAUACACGGACCGUAAUAUCAACUACCCCGGUCGAGGUUUAAAUGCUGGUUGGUUUGAUGCGUGUACUGGUUAUACUGUUACCGAAGACAGACUGAGUACAUAUGACAUGUCAUUAGCAUAUUUAAAAGCAGUUUCAACUUUUGCUGUUCUUCCUGGAAAUCCCAGUGGUUUUGAUCCAUCAUUAGACGAUUAUAGUAAUUUUACCAUCACUCAUUUAACGGGGGCGUGUUCUAAUGCCGCGUGUAUGACAAGAUUCGGUAAAAAAUAUGGUAAUAUUAAAAUUGCAGCAAAUUUACCUGAUGCGAAACAAAUAUUAGCAAAUAAAGAGGCUGAUGCAUUAUUUUAUCCACGCGACAAUGUAACUGAUUUGGAUAAUCUAUCCCCCAAAUUUCACUGCGAAAUAAAAAAUUCGGGCACUGGUAUAAUGGCUAAGAAAGGCAGCCCUUUAGUCGCCUGGUGGAAUCCUGUUUUUGCUAGAUGGACAAAAAGCGGGGGAUUUGCCCGGUUCUGUAAACGUGCCAGCAAGAAGUAUAAUUUUGAAUUUGAAUGUCUAUCGUCACCAACUAGAGAUUUCAGUGAUUAUCUACCUCAUGAAGACAACCCUGCUUGGUCGAAUCUCUUCUCUCCAAAACUCUAACCUUACCAUAUUCUAGGCUUUUUUUUUAUAAACUAUUGUUAAUUGAACUUUUGUUUAAUAACUGCCUGAAGAGACGCUAUUGCGGUGAAAACGUUAGCAUAAAAAUAUAGUUUUAUUUUUCCAUCUUUAUUUUCAUUGAUAUGUACAGUAUGUUUGAUUUAAACCUUUUUUGCAUUUAUCUAAGUGAGUUUUUUUUAAGAACAAGACACAUGGUUGAUCUUUAAGUCAUUGUAUUAUUUUUUGUCUAUUUCAAAUUUAGAACAGUAUUGUUGAUAUUUAGGUACAACUACAAUCUAUGGCGUAGCUGCUAGAGUUUUUUUCGACCCUUCAAUUUGGCAAAAAUUAAAGAUGCAUUAUGCGAGAGCUAAAUCUGUCUAUUGCAGGGUUUUUUUCUUACCUUCAUAUGUUAUAUUAGUUAUAAUUUAGACAUUUGUUCGCUCAGAUUAAAGAGAGAGAUAAAUGGGGUUUAACGUCCACUCGACACAAACUAGGUCAUUUUGGGACUAACAUAUGGUUCAAUUUUCUCUCAACAAUUCGCUUGCGCGCAGGGGUCUUUAGCAG